AUGUCGACUAUGCCACCACCUUCGUUCGCCUCAGUCUCCCCCGAUCUGCCCACACCGCCGGCAGCCAGCUCAUCGACCAACCGCCACAGCUUGGCCCACCUUCUGUUCAGCCUGCUGCAGCUCGGGAGCAUCCUGGUGCUGGCACUUUCGCUACUCGCGCCAGUGCCCUUCGAUUUGCACUGGAGUGUACUGAGGAUCAACGUCAUCUCUUCCCCUCGGCCCCUUGCCAACUCGUCCAGCGGCAUCUUGAUCCCGCCUGCUUCCGGGGUUGUGAGCGUACCUCUUCCCAACAGCGCAACCGCGCUCAGUAGCACUGCGACUCCCAUCUCGACUUCGACUGCUGGACCGCCCAACGCGACCAAGGAGCUGGCGGUUCCGGCAAGGGAGCCGAAUGCGAGCAGCGAUCCUCCCGGGGCCUCUGAGACGGCCCCGACUACCAGCGACAAGCCGGCACGACGAAGGAAGAGGAGGUCAACCUCCCACCACUUGGCGGCUCCUCGCAUGGCCUGA